AUGGAACCCCUCGUCGCCACCCAUAUGAGCCGCGUUGGCCAGUCCACUACCCGCCUUUCCAAGAUGGAGAGCGAUAACAUCCGCUCUGAAAUCUGGCUCGACGACACGUCUGUACCACAUGUCAUCGACACCAUCGCUAUUAUGGGGCCCACAAGUGUCCAGUUUUCUCUUAGAGCGACCUGUCGACGAAUGCGACGGCUGCUCGACCCAUUAAUCUUUAACCACGUCACUAUCGGACUCCCAUCAAGCGUCCAUCGCGACUAUUCACACUUCCUUGCCAUCCACCAGUUGGGGUACUCGAAGAGGUGGGACCAACGCAUAGUGUACGGUAAUGGCCUCUCAAACGGCAUAGAACUUGAUUUUUCCAACUAUCCAGGCUUGUUCGAAGCGGACAUUGUCCGCCUCCUCUUCCAUACCCAAACUGUAUCAAUAGUGGACGUUUUUACCGACCGCUCGCCCAUCAGCGAUGUUCUCGAUCCAGUCGAGAUGAAUGACGCUCAAGCGCUUGGAAUUAAACGGUCGUUCGUUUGGGCCAUACUCGGUUUGCUGUUCAAGAGAGCGAGGACGGUCCGCUUCCUUCCAUUCCGAAGUUUCAUUCCCACCUUCCGCCCGUUUGACCACUUUUCCCCCACUAGUGUUUCGACAAUAGUCUGCGGGGUGACUCUUUCGAGACCGCGUGCAAUAAAGCUCAAGGUUAUUGGCCGACCUCCGCGCCGCCCGCUACGAGAACCCACACCUCCAACCCACAUCCUUCCCCUGUAUAACACUAUUCAACCUCCUCCGCCUGGAACCAAACACCUGGCAGUAGCAGUGGAGGUUCCACGCGACCUCCUGCAAAAUGGUCAACACAUCAAGAUUGGGGUGGGCUGGUAUUCGGGCCCGCUGGCGCCCGAGCCAUGGUGGGCUGGUGUAUCCCUGCGUCAAGUAACAAUGUCCAUUACGUUGGCGGAGGAGGAACCAGCCAUAGUGAGAGAAUGGUUUUACGGUUACUCCUGCUUCCUGGACGGCAAGUAUGGAGUGCUGAGCCACCUAGUACCCGCCAUCCUCAACAGGCCCGACGUCCAAUUCACCUUGGUCGGAAUAAAGGCACUGCACGAGAGACGCGAGGAUUCCCUUGGAAUCCUAUCCACCAUGACCUGGGGACAAGUCAAGGAAACGUUUAGAAUGGCGACGCAGAACGACGGGUGGGAUGCGGGUUCUGGGCGCGAGCACGUCGAGUUCUUGUCCCACAACGAGUUCCAGCGAAGGGUGGGACCAGUGCAAUCGGCUCUGUUGUGA